AUGCUUGUCUUUUUGCUUAUCUUUGCAUCCUUAUACAAUCUAACUAAUGGGGGUGCUGUGGUUAUAGAUGUUUGCUCGAUGCCUAUUCUUGUACCCCCACAAGGUGCAGGCGUUGCCCCAAAUCCUGGUGUAGGAAUUGCUCCUGGUGCUCCCGGAAACGCUGGGCAACAAGGAAUUGUGCACAGACCCACCGUACCUGUCGAUAACUGCCAUGAUCGUGAUCCAACAGCUUGCUUUGAAAUAUUCAAACACGACCCUGGGGAGAUGCAGGUACCAGCGGAGAAUCUUGUCUCAAAUGAAUCCAUAUGUGAUGCAUUUAAAUCAGUACCAUCAACAGAGGGUACCAACGAUUAUAAAGUUCCAGCAAACUGUCAGGUAGCUGCGUACAGAAUGUUGGCUCGACAAAUAUGUCCGCGAACAUGUGCGACCUGUUGCUUAACUAAAGAAUAUAACUGUGAUAAUGCGACGACCUUGCCAUCUGCAGCAGCAAAUUGCAGAGACCAAAGACAGAACUGCGCCGCAAUUAGAGCCACAAAUAGCUGUGGCGGUGUGUUUCGAACAACAAUGAUGCAACAAUGCGCAAGAACUUGCGGUUAUUGUACGUAA